CUCUUCAAGGAAGAAGUGUCGGAAGGAGUGGGGCGGGUUUGAUUAUAUAUCUACUCCUGACUCCCUGCCAGAGCGUCUAGUCCGAGUGUGCCAUCUGAGUGAGCAGUUCACAGCAUUCAUUAUAGUUCAUCGCUUAUAGUUCGCGGUGCUUUAAAGUCUAAUCACAAAAAGAAAUACUUAAGACAAGAUGCUGAAGUGGCUGUUGAUGUUGACAGCUGUGGUUAGCCUCAGGGGGGAGGGCCUGGGGCCCGGACCCCAACCUGGGGAGGGCCAGGAACAAGCUGAGAGGAAGCAAGUCAAGAGGAACUGGUUUUACGGUGGUUAUUACCCCGUUAUACAAUACCCACAACCAAAUCCAUACACACCCUUCCAGCAGGUCCAGCCUUUAGUGGUCCACCAUCUUGUAGUGAUGCAGUCACCGACUUGCCAGCCUGCGGGCAACGUUCCCUACCUGCCCCCCUUCCAGAACCCCGACAAGCCGCAGACACCCGUCACCACGACCCCCAGCGUCCUCAACAGAGGUUCCUUCGACACUGAACCCCAACCGAAGAAGCCUUCCAAGUGUGUCUGGGCCAUCGUCGCCUGCUGCUCGCCCGACUCCACCGCCAUCAGGUACUCGUGCUUCGAGCUGCUGGGCUGUCCAGGAUCGUUUUGGGGCGUCAACCCGUGCAAGGCUGAGGUGGUCCAAGCGGCAGCUAACACGGCCCUCAAGUAUUAUAUGAGCGGUGAAGAUGAAUAGGGCGAAAACCAUACACCUAUAGGGCAACGACCUACAAUACCUAUAGCCAAUAAUCUAUAGGUUGCCAUUUCGAUCGAUGGUCUUUCUUUCUCUUUAACUUAUUAUGACAUUACGAUUAUAUUUUAGUUUAUAAAUAUAUAUAUAUAGCGGCC